GGUGCCAGGAAGAGUUGUGCGUGCCCUGCUGGCAAGGCCAGCAUUUAUUCCUCAUUGUUCUUGCAAAGCUCAUGUCCUCCACUGAUCAGGUUUUAGCGUGAGGCCAUUCAGUGCCCUUUGCCCCAGCCAGUCUGUGACGACAGAGUAGAGGACGCUGUAAAUCUCUUGUGUUGAACACUGCAGUCAGGCCCUGUUAAAGGCAAGGAUUUUGUGCUGACUUCAGGCCUCAACCCCCUUCCUCUGCACAGACAUGAGCCUGGAGGACACCUCCAUUCGGGAUCAGGUGAAGAGUUACUAUGGAAAACAGCUAAAAAGAUCUGAAGACUUACAGACCGAUGUAUCCUGCUCAAAAGGGUGUGCCCCGUUCAGUAAAUCAGCUCGUGAUGCCAUGACACUCAUCCACCCGGAGGUUACUCAAAGGUAUUUUGGAUGUGGGCUCGUAGUUCCGGAGAAGCUGGAAGGAUGUCAUGUGUUGGAUUUGGGAAGUGGUUCUGGUCGGGACAGCUAUCUCCUGAGCAAGCUGGUGGGACCCAAUGGUCAUGUAAUUGGAGUGGACAUGACGGAUGAGCUAAUCCAAGUCUCACGAAAGUAUAUCUCAUAUCAUCAGGAGAAGUUUGGUUACCAGGAACCAAACAUAGAGUUUGUCCAGGGAUACAUUGAGAAGCUGGGAGCCGCUGGGAUUCAAUACAACAAAUUUGAUGUUCUGGUCUCGAACUGUGUCGUCUGCCUGUGCCCAGACAAGAAGGCAGUCUUUGAAGAGGCCUACCGGGUUCUUAAGGAAGGUGGAGAGAUGUAUUUCAGUGACAUGUAUGCGAGUGAGCCACUGGGUGAAAAGCUGAAGGAGGAUUCAGUGCUUUGGGGAGAGGGACUCGCAGGUGCUCUCUACUGGAAGGAUUUAAUCAGCCUGGUGAAGGAGCUCGGAUUCAGUACACCAUACCUUGUCACUGCAAGUCACAUUGAAAUCCACAAGGAUGAACUCCUCCUAAAGACUGGAGUCGUGAAGUAUGCAUCUGGAACUUACCGCUUUUUCAAACUGCCUUUUGAUGGGAAUGACAAGAAAGCUUGUGUCACGUAUAAAGGGACAGUUACUGACCACCAGGACCAGCUGAUGUUUGAUUCCAUUCACACUUUCAAAAAGGACAAAGCCGUGGAGAUCGAUGGGGAGCUGGCCAUGGUGCUGAAGACCUCCCGCUUUGCCUCUCAUUUCGUUAUUCAACCCAUUGAGUGUGAGGCAUCGGUAAAAGACGGCAUUCAGCAGUAUUGCCACCUGAAUCCUUUCCUGCUGGCUGAUAAACUAGGGUCAUCCAUUCAGAAAUGCUCCAAAACUCAGGAUGAUGGGCUUUGUGCAAAUCAGACCAAAAUGACAAGCAAAGAUGGAGAAACUGAAAGCUAAAUAUUGACCCUGUACCUUAAAGAAGCCAUCUUCUUCCUGCAGAUUCACCAAGCAGGAAUAAAACAAAAGUCUGAAGAAA